CAAAAUAUAAAACAGAAGCAAUAUUAUAACAAGUUCAAGAAAGACUUUUAAAAUGGUCUACAUCAAAAAAAAAAAAAAAUUAAAAAAAAGAGACCCUAAAGCUGUGAGUUCAUAGUGGACAGAAACACGGCCUACCUUCCCUCCAGGCAUGCCCCCCCCUCAAAAGCCCUUGUCAGAGUGUCGGCCCAGGCUGCUGGCCACGCAGCCAAUGCGGCGAGUUUCCAUUUGACUAACGGUUGUCAGGAAGGUGUUCACCGGGCGCUGUGACUGCCAGGCUGACAUGGCUCCUCCCGUGGGCGGCAAACGCAUGCGUCCCAUUAAGAAAAUUGCUACUCUGAAAACGAGCUCUGAAGGGAACUUUUUGGCUCUUACUAAAAUUAAUAAAGCAACACGCCCCACACCUGAAAUUUAAAAGAAGGAAAAGGGGAAAAUAUUAACAUCCACCCAGGAGGAAAAAAACCUCUGUUAUUUAGCCUGAUCUCAGAACUCAACAGAAGAAACUCUCCCUGAAGCGAACUUAAGCUCACCAUCGUCCAUCCUUCAGGAGCGGUGGCACCUCACCCUUGUCUCCUGCCUCUCUAGCGAGACGAAGCUCAGGCAGAGGCUGCUUCAGACACAAGCGAAUUAUGCUGUUUGCCUCUUGAGAAUUCCCCACAGUCCCGUGAGCUCCCUGGAGACAUUCCCGGGGUGGCUGUGGAUUGGGGCGGUCUUGCUGAGUGAGUCUUUUUUCUUUUUUUAAAGACUGAUUUAUUUAUUUACUUUUGGCUGUGCUGGGUCUUCGCUGCUGCAAGCGUGCUUUCUCUAGUAGCAGAGAGCAGGAACUACUCUCCAGUUUUAGGACUCGGGCUUCUCACUGCGGUGGCUUCUCUUGUUGUGGAGCACGGGCUCUUUGGUAAACGGGCUUCAGUAGUGGCAGCAUGUCGGCUCCGUAGUUGUGACUGGAUUUUAAAGCACAGGAUCAAUAGUUGUGGUGCGUGGGCUCAGUUGCCCUCAGGCAUGUGGGAUCUUCCAGGACCAGGAAUCAAACCUGUGGCCCCUGCAUUGGCAGGCAGAUUCUUAACCACUGGACCACCCGGGAAGUCCUUGCCAAGUGAGUCUUGUCUGAAACACUUGAGUCCUGAAGAGUUCUUUACUAAAGAAGUGUCAGGAGGUUAUCAGACGUGCUUACCCAGAGGGAGCAGAAGAGGGAGUUUGAGGGCUCUACUCCCAACUGGCAGGGGCCUGAGGCUGAUAGUGGGUCCAGGCCUGCUGAGAUGUGAGUUGGUGUCUCAGGUUCCCCGUGGUCCAGUGUAUGGUGGGGAUACGGCUCAGGGAAGCCACCUGAACCCCGGAGCCCGGCCUCCCCCAGGGCUGAGGCACAGCCUUUAUAGACAGGCCAUGUGUUUGACAACACUUACCGCAUCCUGUAGCCAGAUGGUCUAAACAACCCAUCCGUGGUACGGGUAUGUAAAUAUUUUCCGUAUUUAUCAUGCUGCUGUGGUAUUGACAUUAACAAGGAUGAAGAAUUACACUCCGUGCAGUAAUGCACCAGUCAGGCCACAGGAGGACCACCAAAGCUGGCCCUCCCUCUGCCAUGGAGGGAACAGAUUUCAGGACAAGCCUGGCCUCUUGCUCCCUCCUGCCCCGACACCGUUUCCCUCACCCAGAGGCCCUGGAGAGCCUUCCUCUCAGAGCUCUUGGCCAAGACAGAGAUUCUUAUCAUGAGCAGUAUGUUUUUCGGUUAGCAGAGCUCUGUGGUCAGCCUGUUGCCCUCUUUGCUUUGCCUACUAGGAAGUCCACAGCUAAGUGGUUUGUUUUUUUUUUCCAAUUCAUUUGCAUGUAGAUUGUCCUCAAUUAGGAGUCUCAGCACAGAAGAUCAUGUGAGGUGUCUUAGGGGCAGGCCUGGGGGUGGGGGAGUGGUGUACAUCCCUCUAUUCACAGAACUAAUCACACAGCCCCACUAAGAAUCCAGGGAGCUAAAGUGUAAUUCAGAAGAGGAAAUUGGAUCAAGCCGGACUUCCACAGGGAAUGCUGUGGAAGGAACAAACAAAUUCACACAGGACGCAGAGAUAAGAGUGCCCCGGCCCCCAGGGGACAGAGGUGAAGACUCCAGUGUGUGUGUCUCCCUGUAAACACAGGAUGCUGGCCAGGCUGCCCUGGUGCCCCAUACCCUUCUGUGGGCCUCAAGAGUAGGACAUCAGCGCUGCCUUCUCACGCAGACCCGCAGGGGUCCUUGGUGAAUUUUGUCAUGGUUAUUUAAGGAACCUCGUCUAGAAGUCCCAACACGCAGUUCCCCAUCGACGGGAAGGCUUGGACUCCAAGAUGAUUAUAAAGGAAUAUCGGAUUCCUCUGCCGAUGACCGUGGAGGAGUACCGCAUCGCCCAGCUGUACAUGAUACAGAAGAAGAGCCGGAACGAGACGCACGGCGAAGGCAGCGGCGUGGAGAUCCUGGAGAACCGGCCGUACACAGAUGGCCCCGGCGGCUCCGGGCAAUACACGCACAAGGUGUACCAUGUGGGCAUGCACAUCCCCAGCUGGUUCCGCUCCAUCCUGCCCAAGGCGGCCCUGCGGGUGGUGGAGGAGUCCUGGAACGCCUACCCCUACACUCGAACCAGGUUCACUUGCCCUUUUGUGGAGAAAUUCUCCAUCGACAUCGAAACCUUUUAUAAAACCGAUGCUGGAGAAAACCCCAACGUUUUCAGCCUGUCUCCUGUGGAAAAGAACCAGCUGACAAUCGAUUUCAUCGACAUUGUCAAGGACCCCGUGCCCCCCAAUGAGUAUAAGAUGGAAGAGGACCCCAAGCUGUUCCACUCGACCAAGACCCAGCGGGGGCCCCUAUCGGAGAACUGGAUUGAGGAGUACAAGCAGCAGGUGUUCCCCAUCAUGUGCGCCUACAAGCUCUGCAAGGUGGAGUUCCGCUACUGGGGCAUGCAGUCCAAGAUCGAGAGGUUCAUCCACGACACAGGCCUGCGGAAGGUGAUGGUGAGGGCCCACCGGCAGGCCUGGUGCUGGCAGGACGAAUGGUACGGGCUGAACAUGGACAACAUCCGGGAGCUGGAAAAGGAGGCCCAGCUCAUGCUGUCCCGCAAGAUGGCCCAGUUCAAUGAGGAGGACAAAGGGGCCGUGGAGCUGGCCAAAAAUGAGGCUGCCCAGGACCAGGCCUCUGGGGAGCCCUCCCAGCCCAGCAGCAGUGGUGGGGAGCCCCUGGCGGGCAGGGGUCUGAAGAAGCAGUGGUCCACAUCCUCCAAGUCAUCUCGGUCAUCCAAGCGGGGAGCGAGUCCUUCCCGCCACAGCAUCUCGGAAUGGAGGAUGCAGAGUAUCGCCCGGGACUCAGACGAGAGCUCGGACGACGAGUUCUUCGAUGCUCAUGAGGACCUGUCUGACUCAGAGGAAAUGUUCCCCAAGGACAUCACCAAGUGGAACUCCAACGAUCUCAUGGACAAAAUCGAAAGCCCUGAGCCAGAGGACUCACAGGAUGGUCUGUAUCGCCAGAGCACCCCCGAGUUCAGGGUGGCCUCCAGCGUGGAGCAGCUGAACAUCAUCGAGGACGAGGUCAGCCCUCCACUGGCCGCACCGCCCUCCAAAAUCCACGUGCUGCUGCUGCUGUUGCACGGAGGCACCAUCCUGGACACGGGCGCCGGGGACCCCAGCUCCAAGCAGGGAGACGCCAACACCAUCGCCACGGUGUUCGACACCGUCAUACGCGUGCACUACCCCAGCGCCCUGGGCCACCUCGCCAUCCGCCUGGUGCCCUGCCCGCCCAUCUGCUCCGAUGCCUUCGCCCUCGUCUCCGACCUCAGCCCCUACAGCCACGACGAAGGCUGUCUGUCCAGCAGCCAGGACCACAUCCCCUUGGCCGCCCUGCCCCUGCUGGCAACCUCCUCACCCCAGUACCAGGAGGCCGUUGCCACAGUGAUUCAACGAGCCAACCUCGCCUACGGGGACUUCAUCAAGUCCCAGGAGGGCGUGACCUUCAACGGGCAGGUCUGCCUGAUCGGCGACUGUGUUGGGGGCAUCCUGGCGUUCGAUGCCUUAUGCUGCAGCAACCAGCCGGUGUCUGAGAGUCAGAGCAGCAGCCGCCGGGGCAGUGUGGCCAGCGUGCAGGAUGCUGACCUGCUGUCUCCCGGCUCGACGGUCAACACGGCACAUGGCAGCAACCUGGAGAGCAGCCGGCACCUGAGCCGCAGCAACAUCGACAUCCCCCGGAGCAACGGCAAUGAAGACCCCAAACGGCAGCUACCCCGCAAGAGGAGUGACUCGUCCACCUAUGAGCUGGACACCAUCCAGCAGCACCAGGCCUUCCUGUCCAGCCUCCAUGCCAGCGUGCUGAGGAACGAGCCCAGCUCCCGCCGCUCGAGCAGCUCCACCAUGCUGGACGGUGCAGGGGCCGUGGGCAAGUUCGACUUUGAGGUCGCUGACCUCUUCCUCUUCGGGUGCCCCCUGGGGCUGGUCCUUGCCUUGAGGAAGACGGUCAUCCCCUCCCUGGAUGUUUUCCAGCUGCGGCCGGCCUGCCAGCAAGUCUACAACCUCUUCCACCCCGCUGACCCAUCGGCCUCGCGCCUGGAGCCGCUACUGGAGCGGCGAUUCCACGCCCUGCCGCCUUUCAGCAUCCCCCGCUACCAGCGCUACCCGCUGGGGGACGGCUGCUCCACGCUGCUGGUCGAGACCGUGCAGAGAAACCCCGAGCUGGUCUUGGAGGGCGGCCCCCUGGCCCCUCUCCCUUCCGGGGACGGCUUCCUGGAAACCAGUAUCCCCGUGCCCGCGCUCACCUCGCAAGACGGGCCCCGCCCGAGCCCGGGCUGCGCUGAGUCAGAGGCACUCCAGGCCCACAACACGGUCUUCCAAGAGCACGCGGCCCCCUCCUCACCCGGCUCAGCCCCCAGCACCCGAGGCUUCCGCCGGGCCAGCGAGAUCAGCAUCGCCAGCCAGGUGUCCGGCAUGGCCGAGAGCUACACGGCAUCUGGCAUCGCCCAGAAGGCCCCAGCUCCGCUCAGCCACACCCCCAGCGUCAGGCGCCUGUCCCUACUUGCCCUCCCCCACCCAGCCCCCUCUACCCUGGGCAAGCGGGAGAGGGCCCCUCGCCUCCCCGACUUGGACAUCAGUGAAGUUGCUGCGAAGUGGUGGGGCCAGAAGCGGAUCGACUACGCCCUGUACUGCCCCGAUGCUCUAACGGCCUUCCCCACCGUGGCCCUGCCCCACCUGUUCCACGCCAGCUACUGGGAGUCAACGGAUGUGGUCUCCUUCCUGCUGAGACAGGUCAUGAGGCACGACAACUCCAGCAUCUUGGAGCUAGACGGCAAGGAGGUCUCGGUGUUCACCCCCUCGAAGCCGAGAGAGAAGUGGCAGCGCAAGAGGACCCACGUGAAGCUUCGGAAUGUGACAGCCAACCACCGGAUCAAUGACGCGGUCGCCAACGAGGAUGGCCCACAGGUCUUGACGGGCCGGUUCAUGUACGGGCCCCUGGACAUGGUCACCCUGACCGGGGAGAAGGUGGACGUGCACAUCAUGAUGCAGCCGCCCUCGGGUGAGUGGCUGUACCUGGACACGCUGGUGACCAACAGCAGUGGGCGCGUCUCCUACACCAUCCCUGAGACCCAUCGCCUAGGUGUGGGAGUCUACCCCAUCAAGAUGGUGGUCAGGGGAGACCACACGUUUGCUGACAGCUACAUCACCGUGCUGCCCAAGGGCACGGAGUUCGUGGUUUUCAGCAUUGAUGGCUCCUUCGCUGCCAGCGUGUCCAUCAUGGGCAGCGACCCCAAAGUGCGAGCCGGGGCUGUGGACGUGGUGCGGCACUGGCAGGACCUGGGCUACCUCAUCAUCUACGUGACUGGCCGGCCUGACAUGCAGAAGCAGCGGGUGGUGGCGUGGUUGGCUCAGCACAACUUCCCCCACGGCGUGGUGUCCUUCUGUGACGGCCUGGUGCACGACCCGCUGCGGCACAAGGCCAACUUCCUGAAGCUGCUCAUCUCCGAGCUGCACCUGCGCGUGCACGCGGCCUACGGCUCCACUAAGGACGUGGCGGUCUACAGCUCCAUCAGCCUGUCCCCCAUGCAGAUCUACAUCGUGGGCCGGCCCACCAAGAAGCUGCAGCAGCAGUGCCAGUUCAUCACCGACGGCUACGCGGCCCACCUGGCCCAGCUCAAGUACAACCACCGGGCGCGGCCAGCCCGCAACGCGGCCACCCGCAUGGCGCUGCGCAAGGGCAGCUUCGGCCUGCCGGGCCAAGGCGACUUCCUGCGCUCCCGGAACCACCUGCUCCGCACCAUCUCGGCCCAGCCCAGUGGCCCCGGCCCCCGGCCGCACGAGCGGACGCAGAGCCAGGCGGACAGCGAGCAGCGGGGACAGCGCAGCAUGAGCAUGGCGGCCGGCUGCUGGGGCCGCACCUUGGCCGGCCGGCCAGAGCCCGGACCAGCCGCGGGCCCCAAGUAGGGCACCGGGAGUGAGGCGCUGUGGUCUCCAUGGUGCUAGGCCAGGGCGGCCCGCCCUGCCAGGAGGCCUGGCCUGGGCACGUACGGUCGGCUGGGGCAAAGCUCGUCCCAGGGCCCGGCAGAGGACACGGGCUGUGCCAGACACAGCCCUCCCAGCCCAGCCUCACACUUUAGGGUCUGCGGGGUUCCAGCUGGUCGUGGAAGUUGGCAGGACGACCAUCCCUGGGAAGACCUAAGGACCAGGACUCCCAACGUGGACUGGCCAGAAGGCGCUCCUGGACGCUUGCCCUGCAUUGACGUACCCGCAUUCCGAUGCCAGGCCUGGGCACCUCCCAUCCACUUGCUCGCCCUGACCCCCAGGUCUCCUCCCACUUGGUAGCAGCUGCGACAGAGGGGGACAGCCUGCUUCUUGUUGACUCGAGUUACUCAACUGUUUGACCUCACUGGUUUUGCACUGAUUUUUGAGAGUGGAGAUUCAUCACCAUCUCCUAUGGCUACAGACUCAUGGACAUGCAUGAAAAUUCAACGUUUGCCCAUCCAAGACCUGCCACUACACAGAAGACUCCAGGGCGGAGAAUCCUUGUACAAAUAGGAGAGAAAGGCCAUAUCAUAAUUUCUGCCGCUCUGCCUGGCCCAUGAACCCAUGGCAGCCCCAGACCCCAGCCUCUUCCACCUGCCCCAUCUGGAGCCCAGUUCAGCCGUGGGCCUGGCGCCAUCUCUGCCCUGGGCACAGCUCAGGCUGCCAGGUCAGUUGGUGAAGCCAAAUGGCUCCUGAGAAGCCUUGCCUGGGGCCGCGGGGCCUGGACAGGCCUGGCCUCUUCUCCUCGCCUGCCAUCAGCCAAGGCUCCAAGCCUCGGCCCUCCCUUCCGCGUUUCUACACCUUUCUACUUCUCCAAUCUGAUUUCUAUGAGGUUUUUUUAAAUGAGCAAUCCUUGGCUGCUUCCUUUUCUUAACUCUUUCUGUACCAAACGCAGCCCCUCCACAUGAAAACACCCAGCACUGUGACGGAGUCCAGCCUGGUUCUGGGUCCCAGGGCCCUGUCAUGGGCAUGGCCUCUCUGCCUCACCCGAGCCCCAUUAAUUCCACAGAAUUUCUACUCUGGGGUGAGUGGGGCACACCCUUUUUUUUUUUUUUUUUUUUUUAAAUGCCAAUUCCGUUUCGAUGCCGAAUAGAAGAAGCCACAACUCGCUUAGUUAGCUUAAGGGCAGGCAGCCAUGACUACACUUCCCACCUGGUAAGGACCAUGCUGUCCUGUGCGCUGGGUCUGAGCAUCAGCCCUCCCUCCCCAGAACUGACCGCAAUCUCAGCUGUGGCCUCAGCUCCAGGCAGCCCCUCUGCUGCUCCUCCACCCGCUUCAUGACAGGGGAGCCUGCCAGGGCUCAGCUAGCCGUCCAACAUCCAGGCUGCUUCUGUGAGAAGCGGCUGCCAACCUGGAUACGGCCUUGGGGCCUCGCGGGCUGGGAUGGUGAGGCACACAAACGGAUGUUAACAUUUUCCUGUGUGUAGAUAUGUACAGCCAAAGGGUCAUGUAAAUGUUCUGCAAAAGUGGGUCUGUACAGAGUGAAAGCUAUUUAUUUUGUGCAGAGAAAAAAUGUCUGGAGGGAUGGGACCUUCAGAAUUUAUUCAUAUUUAAGAUGUAGCUUUUUGUUGUUUCCGGCAUUAUGUAUAAAGCGACGAUUAUUUUAUGGACCAAGUUUUAAUGUAACUGUUGCAGUGAAAGUGCAAUAUCUAACCCCUGCUCCCAGCGGGAAUCGCUCGGCCCGACAAUCACAGCCCCAGCCAGGGGCCCCGUGGCCAGUGCCUCCUCCUGUCGGUCCCACCUCACCCCAUCUCGCCUGUCGCCUCGGUGAGCAGCCAUCCGGAUGGAGGAGCACCUGCAAGAGUCUUGGCCCGCCUGCAAUAAAGGCCUGGAGGCCGCCAGCCCCGGGAGGCUGGGUGGGCAGCGAGCUCGGCCUCUCCCAGCGGGCCGCUGCCCCACGGCUCCGAGCUCCCCACCUGCCUACCCAGCCGCCAGCCAUGCCAAGGACAACAGCAAUAGUCCGGGCCUCUCCCAGCGGCCCUCAGCCAUAGAUGGUGAGGUGGGCAGCCCACCCUCCCCGUGGACGUCUCUCUUCUAUAUCCAGGUCGGCUUCCUGCCUCCCUUCAGAUUCCUCUUGGCACAUUAUCCUCUUAAGGAAGCACCAGUUUUUCAGAAACUAAGAGAGGGAGGACAGAGUCCUUUAAAAAUACCAAAAAUGUUUACAGCAUUGGGUGCUGAGCUGCAGGGCUCAGGCCCGACCAGUCAUAACCAAAGGGUGAGGCAGGCCUUGCUGACUGCCACCCCACCCCAGGCCUGUUAGAGUAGAAGCCUUAGUCCCAGCCCCCCACCCCCAGGACUGAGCCUCAGCCCACCACUCCCAGACCCCACCACCUGCCUUCUCUUUGAUGUCUAAAGAGGGAUUCCGCAGAGACCCCAUGCCCCCUUCCCAGCUCGGUCUGAACCGCCUGCCUGCCCACCUGCCACGUCGCAGCCUUCACGUCUCAACCUGUCUGUCUUGUCUGUCUGGGCCGCCUGUGAGCGGUGUCCUGACGUAUCCCCGCCCGCCCUUGCUGUCCCUGCUCCAUCGGGCCUGAGUGUGCUGUGUACUGUGUUGUCAUCUGUUACACCGAUUAAAGCAAGAAGGCUUC